UAGGUUCGAUCGAAGGAACAAUCAGGAUAUAUCGGAUUGGGCAAACAAACACCGUGCGUGGAUAGAAAUUUGGAAUCAAAGAGACACGUUAGUGCAAUCAGAGAAUAGACCUCACAAUCAGUCAGCAUAUCAGAAGUACCAAGUGUGGUAUGCGGAUCGUUACCGGUUAAAGCUGAAGCCUGGUUGGACUCAUGAGGAGUGGUCGGAGUUGGUGUCUGAAGACCCGGAGACUGCACAAGGUUAUCAAACCUUCAACAUGGCUGUGAGAGACACCAGAGGGGCUCACGUUGACUAUGCACCGAUGCAUGAUGAAAUGGGCAGAGAGUUGCUUCUGUGCGUCAACGAUGCCAAUGUUGCACUGAGUCAUCCACCUGGUGGUGCAUUAUCUGAGAGGACUCUUAGGAGCACGAUGGAGAAGUUCAAGAAGCGGUUUCAUAAGAUGGCAGCAAUGCUUUCUUGCCAUGGUGCUCAGUCCAGUGACGUGUAUGCACCUGGUAGCCGCGCCGCCACAGCUAAUAGACGGCGUUAUCUACAGAACAAUGAGGACAUGGAGGAGGAGUUCCAUGAAGAGGAGCCAUCACAUCAAGAGGAGCCAACACAUCAUGAGGAGCAUGAGUAUGAUGCAACACAUGAAGAGGAUCAUGAGUAUGAUGUUGAUGCUCCACAACCAUCACAGGCUACACAACCAACACAAGGCAAUGCUCCACAACCAUCUAGGAAAGGCAAAGCCAUAGCUAAGAGACCAGGCAAGAAAGUUAUGUCAACCAAUUUUCUUUCCCCGGGGCCAUCUGACUGCCUCCUGCUGACGUAG